AUGUUGGGCGCCUGUGUGGGGGCGGCGCUGAGGGGAGCCCGGCGGCGGGGCUGCUGCGGCGGCCCGGCGGGGGUCGGCCUCCUCCCCCCGGCCGCCGCCCUCCGGCGGGACCCCCCGGGCCCCCGCUUCCUCCUCCUCCUCCGGCCGCCCGCACCGCCCGCACCGCCGCCCUGGAGCCCCCGGCGGCCCCGGCCCGGGGACCGCCACAGCGCCGGCGCACGGACCCCGUAUGAAAAUCCAUGGACAAUCCCAAAUUUGUUAUCACUGGCAAGAAUUGGGUUGGCCCCGGUUCUGGGCUAUUUGAUUAUCGAAGAGGACUUUAAUGUGGCACUUGGAGUUUUUGCUUUAGCUGGAAUAACAGAUUUGUUGGAUGGCUUCAUUGCUAGAAAUUGGGCUAAUCAGAAAUCAGCUUUGGGAAGUGCCCUUGACCCGCUUGCUGAUAAAAUACUUAUCAGUAUCCUCUAUGUCAGCCUGACUUGUGCAGAUCUUAUUCCAGUUCCACUCACGUACAUGAUUAUUUCAAGAGACAUCGUCUUAAUUGGUGCCGUUUUUUAUGUCAGAUACAGAACUCUGUCACCACCACGAACACUUUCUAGAUACUUCAAUCCCUGCUAUGCCACUGCUAGAUUAAAACCAACAUUCAUCAGCAAGGUGAACACAGCAGUUCAAUUAAUCCUAGUGGCAGCAUCUUUAGCAGCUCCAGUUUUCAAUUAUGUUGACAGUAUUUAUCUCCAGAUUCUUUGGUGCAUUACAGCUGUCACCACAACUGCAUCAGCCUACAGUUAUUAUCAUUAUGGUCGGAAAACUGUGCAAGUAAUCAAGAGCCUCCAGCGGGAUUAACAGGGAAACUGAAGGACACUGUAGACUGGCUUUGGUGCAAACAAUCUGACGGCUCAUUCUUCUGGGGUUUGGUUUGGAAAGGACUUGUCAGUUUAAACCAUGUAUCCAAAUGAAGCUCAAUCAUGUUGUAUAUAUGGAAUUUCCCGUGUAUUUUCAAACAAAUUGCAAAUAUAACGAUGCAGAAUUCUGUAGGUUUCUUAU